AUGCCAAAUAAAGAAUUGAAACUCGCUCAAGGACAAGGUAGAGGAAUCGAUAGGAUAAGUUGGCUUCCUGAUGAAAUUCUUUGGCGUAUUCUGUCCCUUCUUCGGUCGAGUGAUGAGGUUGUGAGAACUGGAGUUUUGUCAACUAAAUGGAAGAAUAUUUGGGUUGAGGUUGGAAAUCUAGAUAUAGAUAAUGGUUACUUUCGACGAAUUAAGCAUAAAUUUGAGCAAGAGAAACAACAAAUGGAGAAGAGUUUAGUAAAUUAUAUAAAUAAGAUGGUAAAUCGCUAUGAUUAUCCUUGUAUAGAAAGAUUAUGUCUAUCUAUAUCGUCAUCUGCCUCCUCAACCAUCCUUAAUAGAUUGUUAGCUGAGCGAGAUGUGAGGCACCUUGAGGUCUGCUUUCAUGAAAAUCAAGUAGCAUCAUUACCUGAAAGCCUUUUCAUAUCGACAACAUUAGUAGUAUUGAAGUUGAAAACUGAUUACCUUGAAACUUCAACUACAAUCUGGCUUCCUAGUCUUAAGACCCUUCACCUUAACAUCUUGAAAUCUUUUAUAACUCAGCAUUUGGAGGAUUUCUUACCUAGAUGCCCUUCUCUUGAGGAGUUACUUAUCAAAAGUCGUGAUGUGAAGAAGCAUGUAUCGCAGGAUUUGGAUCUACUUAUUCAGAUCCCCACAUUAAAGAGAUGUGGAUUGGAAUUUGUUGAUAAUGGAGAUGUCACUAAAGGAGGAUCUUACAAACUUGUUCACAGAGUCGCGAUUAAUGCUCCAAGACUUGAGUACCUUUGGGUAAGAGAUUAUCAGACAGGCCUUUAUUCACUUUUUAGUACUGGUAUAUGUAAUUUGGUUGAGGCGCAUGUGGAUUGGCAACCAAUUUAUAACAAAAAUAAAUCAUCAAUACCUGAUAUUAUGAAUUUAUACAUGCUCUUAAAUAGGCUCAAAUUUGCCAAGGUGCUAUCACUUUCCGGCCAUACUAUCCAGUGGUUGAACUUGAGCUUUCACUUGAAAGGAAAACUAGAAACCUUCAAAAGGUUGAUGAAACUAGAAUUGAAUGUUGCCGGUGAUAUUAAUUGUGAAUUCUUGGCAAAGUUCCUUUCGUACACACCUAAUCUUGAGUACCUUAUUCUCGCAAACAAGGUUUGUUCUGGUCUCUAUGUUAAUCCUAAUGACAGAGGUCGUUGGACACCACCUGAAGGUGUCCCGAUUUGUGUGUUAUUUCAUCUUAAGGAGAUCAUCGUCGAGGGACUUCAUAAAGGUUAUGAGGUUGAAGCUGUCAAAUAUCUGCUGCAACAUUCAAGAGUUUUAAACAGGUUGACUAUUAACUGUACUGAUGUUGUGGAAUUAGACGCGUUUAAGGAUAUAUCGAGGGCUCCCAGGGGCUCGGUGACCAGCGAAAUUAUACUGCAAGCUUGCUAUGAUGAUGAAUAA